AUGUCUUCGUUAAGGACUUACCCGUUUCCCAAGGUGGAGGCGUACGUCACCAUGGACGUGGACGAAGAGUGGGUCCAUGAGAUUGAGAUCAAACUUUUCCCUCCCAGCUCGCCAACCCCGAGCCCGGAACCCGAGCAGGCAAGUCCAGCUAACGACACCUCGCGCGCUGUUGUGGAGUCUCCUGUGUCUCGACCUGGUAGACUCUCCCACAUUCAUCUCAGAAUUACAUUCCCCCGCUCGACGGACAACCCUGCCACGGACCCUUCCAUUACAUCCGACUCUACUGGGGUGAAGCGCAAGCGUGACAGUAGCCCGGAACCCGAGCAGGCAAGUCCAGCUAACGACACAUCUUGCACUUUUGUGGAGUCUCCUCUGUCUCGACCUGUCUCCCCCCUCAGUGCAAUGGCUCCUCUUAUUCCCAUGGAGCUACCUGAGCUCAAACCCAUUACUAUUCCCAACUCGCGCGUUUGGGAGACCCACCGUCCAUCUAGUUUCAAUUUCGCUAUUUACGAAGACCCCGAGGGCCAGGAGACCCCCAAUGUCAGCCCUGUGGAGGAAAGUUUCAACAUCGACCAGGAUGAAGAGAACAUCUUCCUCACUGCUCCCGACUCCGCUGACUCUGUUGUGGUGGAGGACACUCGCCCCAACUUCCCUGGACGUGAGGCUUCACUGGGCCAUGCCGAUGCCUUCGGCCUCCCGCUCCACCGGGAGAUGUCUGAUUUUAUCAGACCUGUCCGACCUGCCAUCAACCCGGUUCCCGAGCGCCACAUGCGCCGCGGCCGAGAGGUCUUCCAGACCCUCUGGGCUGACGAGACACAAGUCCGCGGGGAGCGUAAUGGUCGGCUGCGUAAUGCGACUCUGACUGACACCCGGGCUCAGAGGGAUGAAGGACUCGGGGAUAUCACCAGACGAGGACAGAAUCGUCGCCGCUCUGGCCGCCAGCCUGCUCUGCGUAACAAUGCUCCCGUCCAGGCUCGGCCCAACAUUGAGAACGUUCGCCGCGUCCUUGAUUUCCAGCAGCCCCAGGCCAGUCGCCCUGUCACUCCUGAGGGAGAUGGAGAGCCUCAGCUGGAGCAGGAGGAUGACCAGGACCAGUAA